AUGGCAGUGAUUUCCAAAAAAACCUAUUUGGGUCAUCGCAUCAAAAGAAGAAAAACAUCAGCAUCAUCACCACCACCGAAUUGGUCUGGACUCCCCACUAACUUGUGGAAGUCAAUCCUGAACAGAUUGUCUGUGGUCGAUUUGCUUAGCGCCGGAGCAGUGUGUCGUUCUUGGUGCUCUGUUGCAGAAGCCAUAAAAUCAUCUCUAGAGAGUCCCCUAUUUGAUCAACCGUUGCUCUUGCUUCCUGGUCCAGAUCAUGGCAAAAAAAAUAGCCCUUGCUUAUACAAUUUUACAGAGAAAAAAGUGUACAAGCAGAUGAUGAAUAUUCCAGAACACUUGGGUAAUUGCAAAGGAUCAUCCCAUGGGUGGCUGAUUUUGUUGGACCAAGAAGCAUUCCCACAUAUCUUCAAUCCAUUCUUGGGGGCUAGGAUUCAACUCCCUCUUUUUGAAGUUCGCAAAACAAGCCUUCAUUGCUUCUUUGUCCGGGAUAUUAAGAAAGUUGUACUCUCAUCAGACCCAAUUCAGAGUAAGAACAACUACUGGGUAGGAGUAAUAUAUGGUGUAAUUGAUCCCAAGCUUGCCUUUUGGAAGUAUGGAGACAGUGAAUGGACUGCCCUGGAUGGUGCAGAUCAUGCCUACUGUGAUAUCAUUUCUCACCAUGAUCAUAUUAUUGCUUUGGGUGAAACAGCUUCAGUUGAAAUCUGGGAUUUCAAUAAUUCUGUCCCUGCAAAAAAGAUGCAGAUUGAGCCUAUUUUUCCUGAGAAAAGGGUGGAAUUUGAAAAUUCUCUUGGAGAUGAUCUUUAUACCAUUCAAAGUUACAUAGUGGAAUCAAAGGGUGAUCUGCUGCUUAUUGUGAGGUAUAUUGGGAAUCAUGUUCGCUGGGACGGUGUAGUUGUUCAUGAGGCAGACCUUCUUGAUGAAGAGAACCAAUGCUGUAUUUGUUCUCACUUGACAAAGCUAUUUCAUGUUUACAAGCUGGAUUUCAGUCAGAAAACAUGGGAACAACUGGCAUCAAUAGGCGAUGAUCGCGUGCUGUUUUUGGGUCGGAAUCAAUCUGUGUCACAUUCAGCAAAGGGUUUUCCAUCUUGUAAAGGGAAUUCGAUUUACUUCACGGACAAUUACUAUUGUGAUCAUUUGGGUGAGAAUGACAUGUAUGGGCAUGACACGGGCAGGUUUGACAUGGAGAAUCAGAGUAUAGAAGUGAUUAAUGAAGAUGAACAUGAUUGGCAGAAGAUUCAACCAGCACCCAUUUGGGUUGUUCCUAAUCCAUGCUACUAG